AUGGGUCAAGAGAAUUCUGAGGGUGCCCCCGCUCCAACGCUUUUUGCGUUGAGCAAGAAAAGCUUUGCAGCCUUGGACCAAGCCGUAGCUUACACUACGGACCACACCGAUCCUGAUUUGAGAGUCACAUUGGAAGAUGAACGAGGGCGACUCAGAGUAUGGGCAUCGAAUCUGGGGGCUCUGCAGCAGGACACCUCCAAGAAAUCCCUCGAUUAUCGGCUGAGAGAUGCACCUCUAAUGAGAACGACUGUUGCCUUGGGAUUAGAGAACCUGUGUUCUUCGGCCGACAGAGCACUAGCUAUCAUCAAUGGGAGUGUACCAAAUCGAUCAGCUACUCUUCCGUCAGAUGAUGGCAACACCAAGACUAUCAAUGAACUUGAUGAGCUUCUAGCUGGCAUUCAUUCAGCUAUCAAUCACCUGUUUGGGAUAUCCAUUUUGAUCAGGAAGCAGCAGCCCAGGGGAAGACUUCUCAAUCUCGAUGACUUCACUUUGGAGAGUUCUCAGGACAUCACAUAUGUGGCCGAUAGAUUCCCUAAGGCAAAGUCGAAUCUCUGGCUAGCAAGGCGGCUGGGGAAUAACAUAAGUAAGCAACGGAAGAUCAUUCAGUAUCGACAAGAGCAUCGGGCAAGUCUCGCAAAGGAAUCUGAACAGUCUGGCGUCGGAGAUACAGCCACCGUCGUCGCUACUACCUACCACGAGAUAGACAACCUUGAAUCAUCAGACCAGGUACCAAAAGGUGUUUCCAGCAGUGGUAUGUCGGCAUUCACGUCCGCCACGUCUUUCCAGAGUUUGAGGGAUGAAGAAGGUAUGGGGCGCCCGAUCCCAGAUCUGUCGGAUAUGACUCUUGAUGGGGUACAACUUCAAUAUGGGGAGCCGUUUGAGUGUCCAUAUUGUCGGACCAUACAAGUUGCGGCGAACCGGUAUGAGUGGAAGAGACAUGUCUUCGCUGACCUUCAACCAUAUAUGUGUACGAUCAAAGAUUGCAGAAGUGGUAAUAAGUCAUUCUCAACCCGAGGCGAGUGGUUCGAGCAUGAAUCCAACUUCCAUCGGUGGCAGUGGGAGUGCAGCUGGUGCAACACGCCCAAUAGCACUUUUCCCAGUUCUGAAUCGUUCAAACAACAUCUCAACAAGUCUCAUCCGGGAAUGGUGACAGGAGCUCAAAUGCCCAUGAUUGUCGAUGCAUGCGAGCGCUCUAUAAGAACGUUCAACUCCGGUAGCUGUCCGCUCUGUGAAGACUGGAAACCAACGUCUGCAAACAACAAUGCAAAAGGCUUUAGUCGUCAUCUCGCCAGGCACUUACAGCAGCUUUCACUUGCAUCAAUACCAAUCUCAACUCCUGGUUUAGAGAUUAAAAUCAGCGACGACGCGUCUGAUGUUGCAGACAGAUCAAUUAUCGAGUCUGUUGAUAAAGAGGAUGUGCAAAAUAUUGUCCUAGCGGGUGCGAAUUCGGCGUUGCUGUUUCUGGCGGCAAAGCAGGGGGAUGAAAAAAUAAUCAUGAGCCUACUCAAGGCGGGCGUUGAUGUGAACAUGAAGGACGAUGAAGGCAGAACACCGCUAUCAUUGGCAUCAUCAAAUGGUCAUACUGCUGUUGUACGAAUACUUCUUGACCACGGUGCUAGUGUUAGGACAGGUGAUGUCAAAACCCUUUUUUCAUUGGCCGCUUCAAAAGAUAAUCGUGGUCCUAUUACUUCAUCACAAACGAUCUCAAGACAAGAUUCGUCUGAAGUGCCUUACGAUCGUUCUGUGCCGAAAGAUGAGCCACAACGACAACAAAGUGUGCCACAAGGGCCAGAACAAAUCGAAAUAGACAGAGCCAAGAACGAGGCUACUCUAUUAAAACUUGUGGAGGAUAGAAAGAAGACUGCAGACGCUGUUGCAGCUGAGGACGCCGCGAAAGAGAUGGCUGCGCAGGAGCUCAGAGCAAAGGUUGGAGAAGGAACGAGUGCUAAACUCGAGGAAUUUGAGACAAGGGCCGAGCAUGGUAAAAUCCGAUUCACAGAUGCAGUCGGUCGCAAAUUCAGUUUCCCUUUCCACCUUUGCGCCACAUGGCAGGGCAUGGAGGAUCUUAUCAAACAAGCAUUCGUACAGGUUGACGUACUAGGACCUCAUGUUAUGGAGAGACAUUAUGACCUUAUUGCACCUGGUGGUGAGAUUAUCUUGCCAUCAGCCUGGGAAAGAGUUAUCAAACCAGAUUGGGCUAUUACAAUGACAAUGUGGCCAAUGGAUAAAUUGCCACCUCUAGGCCGUCGUGUAUCUAUGACUCAGGUUUAUUUAUGA